AUUUCUUACCUACAAACAAGUACACCUGCAUGCAGAUCGUGAAUAGCUUCCUAUCACCCCUUGCGUGUUAGAACCCAGUACCGAGUCUACAUCUCAACCCUGCAGUUCCAGAGCUUUGACACCAUGUGGUUCACACAAGGAUGGACGAGGAUAGCAGCGACAACAGCUGUGUUGCUCAGCAGGACAGCACUCGCCCAGACGUGGUCAGCAUGUAAUCCGAUAUCAUCAACAACUUGUCCCGCCAACACGGCACUGGGCAUGACAAUAAACGUCGACUUCACCCAAGGGGAGGUCAACUCCUUCGUCUCGAGCGGAGGGCGCCCAACGUACGGCAGCGACGGGGUAAGCUUCACCGUCGCCGGGAGAGGCGACUCCCCACAACUUGCCAGCAUCUUCUACAUCAUGUUCGGCCGCGUCGAGGUGACCAUGAAGGCCGCCCCGGGCGCCGGCAUCGUCAGCUCGCUCGUGCUCCUCUCCGACACCCUCGACGAGAUCGACAUGGAGUGGCUCGGCUCCGACGACAGCGAGGUGCAGACCAACUACUUCAGCAAGGGCCAGACCACCAGCUACAACCGCGGCCAGUUCAACCCGGCCGCCAACAACCAGGCCGAGUUCAUCACCUACACCAUCGACUGGACCACCGACCGCAUCGUCUGGUACGUCGGCGGCACCGUCGUGCGCACCCUCACCUUCGACGAGGCCGACGGCCAGUACCCGCAGACGCCCAUGCAGGUCAAGUUCGGCGCCUGGGCCGGCGGCGACCCGUCCAACCCGCCGGGGACCAUCGAGUGGGCGCGCGGGCCGACCGACUACUCCCAGGGGCCCUUCUCCAUGCUGGUGCGGUCGGCCGUCGUGACGGACUACUCGACGGGCAAGAAGUACACGUACGGCGACCAGUCGGGCACGUGGCAGUCGAUCCGGUCCGAGGGCGGCGAGAUCAACGGCAACGCCGACGGCGCGGGCUCCGUGGUCGUGACGGCGAGCGCCCCUGCCGCGACGGGCUCGUCGUCGCCCACCAUCCCGCCGGGCGGCAUCAUCGGCGGGACCGCGACCGACGGCAGCGGGCCCACCCGCACCGUCGGCCCCAUCCCCGACGGCUGGAUCAUGACCUCCGAGGGCAAGAUUGUGCCGGUCGGGUCGAGCACCACACCCCCAGCCGGCUCCUCCUCGUUGGGACCACCCUCUGCCUCGCGCUCGCCGGGCUCUGGCGGUGAUAGCACCCUGACGACGCGCGUGACCGCCGACACACCCGGGGCGACAUCGACCCCCGGCAUCGGGAUGAUCCCGGCGGACGCGCCGUCGGCCAACAGCGGAGCAACCACAGGGCAGGGCGGCCUCGCAAGGCUCCUCCUCGCGGUAAUGCUUGCUGGUUGCGGCUGUUACCACCUCCUUUUUUGAUUAUUCUGCGGCUUUUUUUUGGACAUUUUAGAUUGGGUUUGAGCAUUUGAAGGGCGUUCUGGAGCAUUUACGGUAGCGAUAGAUCAGGGGCAUACCUCAGUGAUAUUUCGGGAUGGGCGGGCUGAUGCCGUUACAUGUAUCAUCAGCAUAGAGAUGUAUUUCAAUCGUGGAAACGAACUAAUGAAGAGUGCUACGUUAAUCACA